AAGAGAUCUGCGCUGUCAGCAUCUUUAGACCAUCCAGGGCAUGUCCAGCUAUGAGCUGCCAGGCGCUUUCGGGCAAUCACCCGAGCAGCCCCCGCAGGAUUUCUAUCUAGCGUGGUCGCGCGUGGCUAUAGCUAGCCUGAGCACUGGGGACCCCGCAAAGUCCCAGCCGGGUGCAGGGCGGAGCUUCACCUGCCAUAUGUACACCAGCACACAUCCCUCGGCAGCAGCGUCAUGGGGCAGGUGGGCGCAAAGCUAGUUCGUACAGCUCUACUUCGUACACCAACUGCUAGCUCGGUCGCCACGGCAGUCUAGCAGUUGCGCUAUAUUUACAGCUGAAGUGUCACCGCCGUCUUUGUUUAAGUAGCUGUCGACAAUCCAUCUUUUCGCUGUCCGUCACAGACCAUUUGGUUCUCGUCAAUUUGCUGCUUCUCCGACUCUGCUUUAGCUAUGCCUUUUCUCGCCGAGGACCGCUUUGAUGUUUCGACCCACGAUCUCAUCUCCUGGGCCUUUGACAAUGCAGCUUACGAUUUGGACAAGCCGGUGUAUAUCGAUGCCGCCGACCCUAGACGCUUCAUCUCUGCUAGACAAGGACGCGCUAUCAUCCGUAAACUUGUCGCAGGAUUUCGAAACUCUGGGCUAAAGAAAGGAGACUGUGUCGUGAUAGCAUCAUUCAAUGAUCUCUACUACCCCAUCCUCGUUCAAGGUAUCAUUGCCGCCGGCGGCGUGUAUACAGGAACAAAUCCAGGCUACACCCCACACGAGCUUGCCCACCAUAUCAAGGUCUCCAAAGCAAAAUUCGUAGUCGUUGAGCCUGAACUUCUGCCUCCUAUACUAGCUGCAGAGCAUUCCAUACCAAAGUCCAACAUCUUCAUCUUCGACACUCUUGGGCAACCUAUUCCAGAUGGAUUCAAACCAUGGAACUGGCUCUUGGAGCAAGGUGAACAUGAUUGGGUCCGCUUCAAUGAUCUCAAAACUGCCAAAAAGACAUUAGCGAUGCUACUAUUCUCCAGUGGGACAACUGGCCUGCCCAAGGCCGUGAUGCUCUCCCACUACAACCUAGUUGCCCAAAGCGAAGGCAUCUUCGAGUUCAAAUCACGCCCAUGGGAGGUUAAACGUCUCCUCGCCCUCCCUUUUUUCCACGCAGCCACAGCUCCAGUUACGCACACUACACCCUUCCGCAAAGGCGACGAGUCAUACAUUAUGCGCCGCUUCGACCUUGAAGCCUUCCUAGCUGGGAUCGAGAAGUACCAAAUUACCGACCUGGUUAUGGUUCCACCCGUAUGCGUCGCCAUCAUCAUGUCUGGGCUACAUGAGAAGUAUAGCCUGAAGUCGAUCAAAUCUGCAGCUUGUGGCGCCGCACCCCUCGACAAAGGCGUACAAGCGCGUCUCAAAGCUAUGCUGGCUCCCGGUGCACCUUUUGCUCAAGUCUGGGGCAUGACGGAGACUUCUUGCGUUGCAACACAGCUACAUUACCCCGAAGACGACGACACAGGCAGCGUCGGGCGACCAAUCCCCAAUCUCGACAUCAAACUUGUUGAUGAUGACGGAAAGGACAUCUCCGCAUACGGUGUCCGGGGCGAGAUCUGUGUGAGAGGUCCGACUGUCGUGGGUGGUUACUUUGAAAAUCCGGAAGCGAAUGCUAGAGAUUGGGAUGAUGAGGGGUAUUUCCAUACUGGCGACAUCGUAUGGGGGGAUAGUAAAUCCAAAAAGUGGUAUGUAGUAGACCGCAAGAAGGAACUCAUCAAAGUCCGUAGCUUCCAAGUCGCACCACCUGAGAUCGAAGGCGUUCUCCUCAGCCACCCCUCCAUCAUCGAUGCUGCCGUUAUCGGAGUCCACUUCCCUCACGCGUCCGGCGAGCCGACUGAACUACCACGCGCCUACGUCGUGCAACGGCCCGGCUCGUCUCCAUUGACGGAAAAAGACAUCUACGAUUUCGCCGCAGCAAAACUCUCGAAAUACAAGCGGCUAGAUGGAGGUGUCAAGUUCUUGAGGUUGAAGGAGGGGGGAAUUCCGAAAACUGCCUCAGGGAAGAUCUUGAAGAGGGUGCUGAGGGAGAUGGCGGAGAAGGAAAGUGGGGCAAAGUUGUAGAUAGGAGAAACCAUGGAAGGAAGAUCAGCUGAUGAAUUUGCGAUAGAUUUAAAGUAUGUAUAUCAUAUAAGAGGUGUGAGCUGCCAUAAUAUAUCAGAUAUACACG